AUACAUGAAUGUCGUGUCGAAAUUAUAAGUUUCUUAUCUCACUCUUUUGUACACAUAAUAAUAACUAUCCUUUUCUUCCUAACUCUCACCUUCCUCUUUCCCACCGUUUCUUCCUCUUUCUGCCUUUGCUUGCUCUUCUUAUCUCCUCUGCUUCAAGGGGAGAGAUAACUCCUUAGUGGUGCUGGUGACAUACUGAUCAGAUGGCAGAUAGCAGCAGAACUCAAGAGCUUUCUGUCUCCUCUCAAGAUCAUGAGACGACUUCUACUGGAAACAAAUAUGGAGGACUAAUGCCAAAGAAGAAGCCUUUGAUUUCUAAGGACCAUGAACGUGCCUUCUUUGAUUCCGCAGACUGGGCUCUAUGCAAGCAAGGCGCAGGAGUUGAUCAAAAAUCAACAGUGGCUAUAGAAACAUUGCGUCCCAAAUUGCAGAGAACAACUCAUCAGCAACUGCCUCCUCGAAGACCUGCUUGUACAUCUUGACUCAUGUUGGACCUCUAUCACUUGAAAAUGCUGGUUUUGUAAUGUUCUUUGCUGGCUAAGUAGAUAAUAUGUCGCCAUAAGUACAUGCAUAGUUUUUAUAUUGUUAACUAAGCUCCUCUCUUCAAUAUGGGAUAUGGAUGUAAUUACCUAUAGUUCUUCUAAACCUCUCGUUGCUUGAACAUUUCAAAAUUAUUAUUUUCCCAG